CUCCACUGGAGCCCUACUUUUUUCCUCAUUAUUCCGCCUCUCUCUUUUCCCUACCGCCCCAUCCCUCCCCUUCCCUGGUCGUCUUCCUUCCCUGUCCCACCUUAAUCCCUCAUUGGUCCACCUCCUCUUUCCUUAGACCCCUCCCCACCCUUUCCCUCAUUCAUUGGUCCACUCCUCUCUUGGAGUCCCGCCCCUUCCUCUCAUUGGCCUGCCUCCCUUCGGCUCCCGGCCAGCGCCACUCAGCAGCACUCCCUCGUCCUUAGGUCCCACCCUUUCGGUCCCCCAGACUCUCGGGUUGUAUGAGAGUGUCGUCAUGGUAACCACCUGCCUCUCAGAGGUCUCGCCAUGGCCUGGAGAGAUGCCUGGAGCUCUGCUGGCCCCGGCGCUCAGGUCGCUCAGCUGCAGGCCCCAGCGCCUUCAGUAACUAUCCUGCAGUCUCUCCCAGAGGCUUGGGUACCUCCUCAUCAGCCAGGACACAUGAAGGAAGACCUACUGUCACUGAUGAUGCUACAGAACGUGCAAAUGCACCAGCUGCUCAUGAGUCGCCUGACAAUGAGUGCCCUUGACUCCAAGCACCUGACUUCCCAGGUCAAUAUGCUGAGCCUGCAGGAUGAAGGAGAGGAGGACGAGGAGGAGAUACUAGUGUUUCACCACCAUUACCUGCCCUGGCCAGCCCCAGCUCCAGUCCCCCUGCUUCCCUGUCCAGUGCAAGACCCACAUCAGUCAUGGCUCCCAGAAAGCUCAGAGUUUAGGAAUCUCCCUCGAGACUCACAGAUCAUCCCAUCUGCCAGGUGGAGAGGAGUGCCCCCACCCCCACCUCCCAGUGCCACAGGGACAGUGGGUGCUGAUGUACCACCUGCCUCAGCUGGCUGCCCACGCAGAUCCCCUUCUCUACGCACGAUCCAGCUUUUCUGACCUUUCUCUUUUUCCUGUACCAAGAGGGUUACUUUCUCCCUAGACUACUAUGAUGUGGCAGAGGGACAAUUGUGACACUACCCCUGAUGGACUGGCUUCUUUGGCUACAAGGUAGGAGAGUUACGUGUUCUACAACCUCCCAUCUUGGGCAGCUACCGACGAGGCAACUUGUGGGGCCAAGAGCCUCACCCUCCACUUCUCCUUUUCCCCUAGCGCCAUGUUUCUGGUUUGUCUCUGUCACCCCCCCUGCAGUCCUUAGACUCCCCAGCCCCAAAGUCUCUCCCAAAGUACCUCACUCACCUCCAUAUGGUACCUCUCCACGGGAGGAGGACCAGUGCUAAGAGUAAUCCUGACUCCUGAGUCCAGUGUUUUAGGGAGCUGGGGUAGAAAUAAAGAGCCAGGGAGCAGAUAUCAGGGUUCCCUCCUCUUCUCUCUCUGUUUUUCUCUCUGCCACAUUACAGCUCCCAUCUCCUCUCCACCCUCUCCAAUCCUUCAUAUCUCCUGUGCAGUGCUAGCUUGCACUUCUUACCCCCGGUAGACUGGUUGAUCCUACCGCUGCCCUUCCCUGUACGGUUCCUUUUCCACUAUAGUAUUCAGGGAUGGGAGGGAGUUUAGAGAUUAUCUAGUCUAAUCCUUGCACUUUUCAGAUGAAGAAACUGAGGUCCAGAAGGGAGACCUGGCUUGUCCAAAGCUGCACAGGGAAUAAAUAGAUCACAUGAACCAAUGUUCUCUGACUAUGAAGGGAGACCUGGCUUGUCCAAAGCUGCACAGGGAAUAAAUAGAUCACAUGAACCAA